AUGGCUGAAGAAGAUCAAGAGAAGACCUCAUUCAUGGUAGACUCAGCCAUCUAUUGUUACAGGGUCAUGCCUUUUGGACUGAAGAAUGCUGGAGCAACGUAUCAAAGGUUGAUAAACAAGAUCUUCGCCGAAUUAAUUGGGAAAAUGAUCAAAGCAUAUGUGGAUAAUAUGGUGGUUAAGAGCAAACAGGUAAAUGGCCAUGUCUCUGAUCUUGAGGAAGUGUUUGCUAAGUUACGGAGAGGAAUAGAGGCAAAUCCUGAUAAAAUCCAAGCUCUGAUAAGUAUAGAGGCCCCUAAGUGCAAAAGGGACUUUCAGAAGUUGACAGGUCAUGUAGCAGCGCUAAACAGGUUUGUUUCCCAGGCAGCUGACAUGUGUUUCUCCUUUUUCAAACUACUUAGGGAAAAUCAAAUAUUUGAUUGGAAUGAGGAAUACAACUUAGCUUUUCAGGAACUCAAACAGACGCUAGCAACACCUCCGAAUGCAGUAUGCGGAGUCUUGGUAAAGGAGAAGGAAAGAGUUCAACAGCCUGCCUAUUAUGUGAGUAAAGUCCUUGAUGCGAAAACACGGUACACACUUGCAGAACAGCUGGCCCUUGCUUUGGUAAUAACUGCCAGGAAGUUGCGGUCGUACUUUCAGUCACAUCCAAUUGUGCUAGCUUUUUUACGUGGUACUCAAAUUCGAUUUUUGAGAGCUCCUAAGGCCAAAGUUCUGGUAAUCAUAGCUCCCAUUGAUUCUUAUGAAAAUAGGAAACUUGUAUUUCUCAUUCACAAAGUUGUAAGGGAUUCAAGCUUGCGAAAUGCCUUUCAUUCUUUAGUAAACAAGCUUUAUAGGCAUGUAUCGAAAGUAGGGGAAAGUCCCCGAGCCCUGCCUCGGGAGUUCAAGUCGCGACCUGCAAUCAAGGCUCAAGCUUUGGCUGACUUCAUAGCAGAACUCACUCUGAGGCCCCCUAAAACACAGGUUAAAGACCCGAGCACGACCCCAAAAAUAUGGGAGAUCUUUGUAGACAGAGCAUCCAAUAGCUCGGGCUCGGGGGCCGAUAUCAUCAUCACAAGUUUGAACAAGACUAUGGAGAUACAAUGUGCACUCAGAUUUGAAUUUGAGGCCACCAAUAACGAAGUAAAGUAUGAAGCCGUUAUCAUAGCCCUGGAACUUGCGAAAAAUCUUGAGUUAGAGCGUGUCAAAGUUUUCAGUGACUCACAGCUAGUGGUCGGGUGGCCAGAGUUGGUAAAGCCAAAGCUGAUGCAUUAUCCAGACUUGUCUUCAUGGGUGUGGCCGAGCUCGAUAGAAGAACACAGCAUAGCUCAAAAACCAAGUGUCAUGGACAUCAACUAUGAGCCCUUCUGGAUGGAUCCAAUAGUUGAUUACAUAAGUAAUGACAGCCUACCCGCAGGCCCUCAGCUUGCUAGGAGUAUUCGGUAUAGGGCUGUUAGAUAUUGUUUAAUCGAGGGAGUUCUAUUUCGCAAAAGUUUCACACUCCCUUAUCUAAGAUGUCUUAAACCUUCCGAGUCUCUUCAAGCCUUGACUGAAGUUCAUGAAGGCAUUUGUGAAAACCACGAAAGAGCUCGAGCUCUUGCAUAUAAGCUGAUAAGGUAUGGGUACUACUGGCCAAGUUUGAAGAAAAAUGUUGCAGAUUACAUUCGGAAGUGCGACAAGUGUCAAAAGUUUGGCAACAUCAUGCACGCUCCUACUGAGGAGUUAGCUUCCAUUCAUUACUCAGCUCCCUUCGAACAAUGGGGAGUCGAUAUUCUUGGGCCAUUCCCCUUGGCCCGAGGACAAUUAAAGUUUGUAGCUGUGGCGGUAGAGUAUUUCAAAAAAUUGGUAGAGGCUGAACCACUGGCAACAAUUUCGGAGCCGAAACUCAGAUCAUUCAUAUGGAAGUCCACCAUAUGCAGGUUUGGAAUACCAAAAGUUCUCAUCACAAAUAACGGAAGGCAAUUCGACAACCUACAGUUCGGGAGUUUUGUGCAUACCAUGGAAUUGAUCAUUGCUUGA